AUGCAACAGCAGCCAUAUGGGGGCUAUCCCUACUAUCCCCAGCCCGUAUACCCACAUACACCAUACAUGGGCGGGGGGCCACCUCCAGGACCGAGUGGCGGUUAUCCCCCCUUCUAUGGCCCUCCCAAUCCUCAACCGCCCGCACCUGCACCUCGGAAUCCCAAUCCUCCCGCGCCCACGCCUUACAGCUUCGACGCAGCGGCUUACCCCACCGUUAGGCCCGCCACCCAGCACGAGACCGGCCCUCAGCUGAGAAGGCAUCGUAGGACUCUGACGAUCCCCACACCCGCCCCAACACCGGCUACGACGACUGCCCCUCUGAAGUCCGCAAUGAAGAAGACCAUGACAGUGUUCAACGCAUUCGGAUCCGGAGACAACCCUCUUACGAGACAGUCGUCCAAUAGCCAACAUGGACACAGUAUAUCCAAGUCCCGACCGCGUGUGUAUUCCAACCCUCAAAAACCACAAAAUCUCGUAGAAGAUCCUCCCGAGCCAGAUACACCCUUCCACAUGAUGGUAUCCUUUCAUGGGUACAAUGAGGUUCGCGUUGAACCUGCCUUGCAGUACGCGUUGGAGGAUCUGCGAAAAUAUAUCUGGCCACUGUGGCCUGACGGGAUCGAGUCCGACGAACUUGUCGGACAUACCUCCAUCACCAAAUUCAGAAAUGCACCUUGGGAUCUAGGUGGGAAUAACGUCCGACAUGCGUACAAAUUCAUAGUCGAAUUCUUCCGAUUAUUCCAACAGAGAGGAUACUCAUAUCAGACAGCCAUGAACAUUGCCACACCGACACCCCGGCUCAUCUUUCAAAUGACCAAGCCCGACCAAGCAGAAUUCUUCCUGGGUUUCCUUUCUCAAGAUGGUCGGAGAAUUACGCUUAUCCACCCGCCAAACCACAUCGACAUCUACAUCGGCGCAAGGUUGCGUACAGCGCUCCCGAAAAGAGUGCUCUCGGACGACGUAGUCGAUGAAUACAUGCGUGUCAUUGAAUUGAAGCGCAGGCCCAACACUACGACCAGUACGGACGUGGAUGUUCCUCUAGUUUUUGUGGAGGCGCUUAAAAUCAUCAGCGAUCUCGGCUUUCACUUGGAUGCAACGAUCCCUCUUUCACGGCGGAAUUCAUUGGGGAUGCGAUCCUCAAGGGAAUUACUUGUUUUCAAAUCCAUAGCCAAGGUUUCUAAGUGA